UCGGUAUUUUAGCCCGAGGUUGUCAAUACUGUCAAAACAGAUAAAACGAUAUAAUCAUGUCUAAAUACACAAGCUUUCCGGAUCCAGGCGACGACCACAAUCCAUUCCAGGACCCGUCCGUCACACAACAUAGCAGCAACACCGACUACGCCACGUUGGACCUCUACAACCCCUUUGACACAAAAACAGAGGCCCCGCCACCGUACGAAGCCACGCCCACUUCAGCCCCACCCCCAGCUGUUACCCCACCCAGCAGGACCACACCCACUGAGCACAGAAACUAUGGCUCUUACAGCACACAGCAGACUGCAGUGAGCGCCACCACGGCGGAGCUGUUGAGGAAGCAGGAGGAGCUGGAGCGGAAGGCCCAGGAGCUGGAGAGGAGGGAGCGUAUACUGGACAGCCAUACGCUUGGACCAGGAGCAUCUCGUCAGAAUAACUGGCCUCCUUUGCCAUCGUUCUGUCCCGUGGGGCCUUGUUUCUACCAGGACAUCAGUGUGGAGAUCAGUCAGGGAUUCCAACGUAUUGUCACCACCAUGUACUACUACUGGAUGUUCACAGCUGGCUCUCUGCUCCUUAACCUCAUCUCCUGUUUGGCUUUGUUCUGUGUGGACCCAAACGGCGGAGUAGGGCUGGGCUUGGCGAUACUUUGGGUGCUACUGUUCACCCCUUGUUCUUUUGUCUGUUGGUACAGGCCAGUCUACAAAGCUUUCAGGAGUGACAGCUCCUUCAACUUCUUUGCUUUCUUCUUCGUGUUCUUUGCCCAGGUGGUGGUCUUUGUUAUCAUGACCAUCGGGAUCCCCGGCUGGGGUUUCAGUGGAUGGAUAGUGAGUCUGUCGGCUCUGAAGACGAGUGUGCCGGUGGGCGUGAUCAUGUUGGUGAACGCUGUUCUCUUCACAGCCGAGACUGCACUGGGCGUCGCCUUGCUUAAAAAGGUGCACUCUAUGUACAGGCAGACGGGAGCGAGUUUCCAGAAGGCCCAGGCUGAGUUUGCCACUGGAGUUAUGUCCAAUCAGGCCGUCCGCCAGGCGGCCGUGAACGCUACCGCCUCCGCGGCACAGGGCGCCUUCACCGGGGCGCAGUAGUUGGAACGAGGAAGAGGAGGGUAAAUUUCGAGUGAAGAUGAAGAUU